AUGGUGAACGCCAUGCUUUCAACCGCCGUCGCGGUUCUCGCAGGCCUCCAGCUCUGUGCUGCUCAAAGCCAGUAUACGAACGAGACAGACCCUUACUACGGCCAGAGUCCUCCGGUCUACCCAUCUCCUGUGGGUAACGGCACUAGCAAUGAUGCCUGGGCGUCCGCCUACCAGCGCGCAAAGGCCCUCGCCGUCCAGAUGACAGUUGAAGAGCUUGCCAACUUCACACACGGCUGGACAGGUCUCUGCACCGGCAACACCGGCUCCAUCCCCCGCCUCGGCAUCGAACCACUAUGCCUCCAAGACGGUCCCGACGGCGUCCGCGCUCAGGAAUUCGUCUCUGCGUUCCCGGCCGGCAUCCACCUCGGCGCCACAUGGGAUAAGAACCUGUCUUACGCCUACGGAGAGGCUCUGGGCGCGGAGUACCGUGGCAAGGGUAUCAACAUCGGUCUCGGGCCCGUCGGUGGCCCUCUGGGAAGAAUCGCCCGCGGAGGCAGAAACUGGGAGGGACUCAGCAACGACCCCUACCUCUCCGCCAUCGGAGUCGGCGGCAUCACGAAGGGCAUGCAAGACGCGGGUACCAUUGCGUGCCCGAAGCAUUGGAUCCUCAACGAGCAAGAAUACCGCCGUAACCCCGAAGCGGGAAUCGGUGAGGCUGCUAGUUCGAACGUGGAUGAUCGGACUCUGCAUGAGCUCUACGUCUUCCCCUUCAUGGAUGCCCUGCGCGAGGGAGCGGCUUCGGUCAUGUGCUCAUACCAGAGGUCCAACAACUCGUACGGAUGCCAGAACUCCAAGUUGCUCAAUGGUGUUCUGAAGGGAGAACUCGGCUUCGAAGGUUUUGUUGUUUCGGAUUGGGGUGCUCAACAUUCUGGAGUGGGCUCCGCAAACGCCGGUCUCGAUCUUACAAUGCCGAGCGAGGCCUUCUGGGGAGCAUCCCUCGUCGAAUCGGUCAACAACGGCAGUGUCACCCGAGAACGAGUCGAGGACAUGACCACCCGUAUCCUGGCUGCGUGGUUCUACACCGGACAAGACGCAGAUGACUACCCGGCCGUCGGAACCUACUCCAACCUCCAGAAGCACGAGCCGGUCGAUGUCCAGAACGGACACAAGGCCCUCAUUCGCGAGAUCGGUGCCGCCGGAACCGUCCUCGUCAAGAACUUCAACGGCACUCUGCCCCUCAAGAGCCCGAAGUUCCUCACCGUCUACGGCUACGACGCUGCCCUGCCCCCCAGUCCGUGGGCCAGUACCAGCUACGGUCCUGGUUUCGGCACGGGUAUCAUAAACACAUACAACGGCACCAUCAUCGCCGGCGGCGGGUCUGGCAUCACCACUCCGCCGUACGUCAUCAGCCCCUUCCAGGCCAUCCAGGACCGCGUCAUCUCGGACGGAGGCAUCAUCAAGUGGGACUUCUACUCGGAGAACCCCUCGCCGCCAUAUGUCAACACGGAAGCUUGCAUCGUAUUCAUCAACGCGUGGGCAUCUGAAGGCUAUGAUCGCCCGAGCCUCACGGAUGAAUUCAGCGACAACUUGGUGAACAACGUGGCUGCGAACUGCCCCAACACCAUUGUGGUGUUGCACUCUGCUGGAACGAGAGUAGUCGAUGCCUGGGUCGACCACCCCAACGUGACAGCUCUCAUCUUCGCCGGCCUCCCCGGCCAAGAGUCAGGCCACUCCCUCGUCGACAUUCUCUACGGCGACGUCAACCCCAGCGGCAGACUCCCCUACACCGUCGCGCACGCCGAGGAAGAUUUCGGCGCGCUUCUCAACUCGAGUGCCGAGACCGGUCCCUUCCCCCAAGAUGACUUCACCGAGGGCCUGUUCAUCGACUACCGCGCUUUUGAGAAGGACGGCAUCUCCCCCCGCUACGAGUUCGGUUUCGGACUGUCGUACACCACCUUCGAGUACUCUGCCCUCUCUUCUUCUGCUGUUGGCAGCCCUGUCGCUGGUGUUCCCGAUGCGAGCAUUGCCAUCGUGCAAGGCGGACACCCCCAGCUCUGGGAGGAGGUGUACUCUGUCACUGCCCAGAUCCAGAACACUGGCGGCGUGGGCGGCCAUGAGGUCGCGCAGCUGUACGUGGGCAUCCCGGUUGAAGGCACGCCGGCGAAGCAGUUGAGAGGAUUUGAGAGGGUUUACCUCGAGGCUGGAGCAAGUGCCACCGUUGAGUUCAGCUUGACGCGCAGAGACUUGAGUGUCUGGGAUGUUGUCGCUCAACAGUGGCGCUUGGCCGAGGGAGAGUAUGAUGUCUGGGUCGGAGCCAGCAGUCUGGAUCUGAGACUCAACGGAACGUUUACGAUUUGA